AUGGUCAAGUCCGGUCUGAGCCUGAUCAGGCUGUCCUGCAUCUAUCUCUACGGUGCCUGUGCUGCCGUUGCGUCCUCUUGCCUCCUUCACUCUGAGGUGAAGGCGUUGAUUUUCCCCUGUCAACGUCAUCCUAAGGCAUGGGACCAUCAUGACCUGCUGCACGUGCAGCCUCUUUUCAACACCACCGAUGACGCUGUCGCAGCAGAAGCAGCAGGAGCGGCAGGAGGGCAAGCGUGGGGGUCCCAUGGCAGCAGCAGCAGCAGCAGCGGCGGCAGCAGCGGCGGCAGUGGCGCACGCGGGGGGUGUUCAACGAGCGCGCUGAUCUCGUCCAUCGCGCCGUACUCGGGCGCGCCGCGCACCACAGCCGUCAUUGCCACGGACCUGCUCUCCGGCGCCGUGCUGCGCUGCGAGGUGCGCGUGGACGUGGUGCAGCGCGUGGCCAUAUUCCACCGCAGCCUCAAGAUGGGCCUCUCCAGCCUCGCGGACCUCGAGGUGCUCGCCUUCAACGACCACGGUGAGGGCUCUGCUCUGCGCCAUGGGGGGUGGACAGUGCGCCGUGUGUGGGGUGCUGUGGGGUGUACGGUGUGUCCGUGCAUGUCCCAGCAAGAGCCUCGCGUUUUGCUACUACCUGUCGCUCAACCUCCUCUCUGCCAGUCCAGGUGUCCCAAGCAAACCCUGUCGUGCUCUCUUUCCCUGUACCUGCCCUUCUCUCCCCCACCAGGCGACGUGUUCUCAUCCGUGGCAGGGCUCGCCUUCCUCUGGACCCUCACGCCCCUCGGCUCGCCCUUGCCCGCCCACCGCCAACCUGCGGCCUCCACGGCGCCACGUGGCGAGCAGGCAUUGGAGCACCGCCUGCAGCACGUGCCGCUGGAGGAGGCGGCGCUGCUGCUGGCGGGCGGCGAGGAGGGGCGCGGCGCUGCUAGGGACGACCUGGGGGUGGGUGGUGUGGGUGCUGGGCUGGGGGGCCGAGGAGUGGAGCGGUCAGACGUGUAUGUGGUGAGGGGCGUGGCACCGGGGCAGGAGAGGGUCGCCGUACAGCUCAUGGACGCUGACGUCACCGCCGCCGCUGCUGAUACAGCAGGAGCAGUAGCAGGGGGUGCGGCAACACUGCCAUCGGACGCCAUAACGCUGACGGUGGCGCAGGCCUUCUCCCUGCAGCCGCCCUCCCCCGUGCUGCUGCUGCCCGGCGCCCGCCUGCCCUUCCGCCUCCUCACCUUCACCCACAAUGCUCUGCAGCCGGUGCAACUGCCCUCCCCCAGCUAUGCGUGGGCAACAGGCAACACCUCAGUGGCAUCAGUGCAUCCUGCACAGGGCGUGCUGACCGCGCUCGCCCAGGGCGCCACCACGCUCACCGCCACUGACGUGCGCUUGGUGGACCACCACCAGGCCGCCUCCAUCCACGUCGUGCUACCUGGCGAUGUCAAGAUCUUCCUCGCGCCACUGGCGUUGCACCCAGGGGACGGUGUGGGCGGGGGCGGCGGCGAGGGGGAGGUGUGUUCUGGUGCAGGUGCAGCUGGGGGAGGGGGUCUGCCUGGGGCUGUGGCGUGCAGGGCUGUAGCGGAGCCUGUGGCCAGUGGGGGGGACACGUGGCACCUUGUGGUUGGGCGGGAGUAUGCCCUGUGGGUGCAGGUGUUUGCACACGGGUGGCCCAGCCGGCCUGUGCUGCUCACAGAGGCCGACACGCUGCUGCUGCGCUUUGACCACCCACCGCUCUGGACGGUCGUGAACGAUGCUGCGCCUGCCUCUCUGCCUGCACAGGCGCCUGGUGGCAUGGAGGGGGGAGGUGGUGGUGGGGAGGAGAGGAGCCGUGUGGUUGUGGUGCGCGGAGGGCAGCAGGGGCAGGGCGAGGUGCAGGCUGAGCUGCAGUACCGAGAGGUGAAGAGCGGUGGGAAGGGGCGGGAGGAGAAGGUGGUGGCGGCGCAGGGGAUUCGUGUGUGCGACCCCGUGCUGGUGCACCUGCCCUCUCCCACAGCCACUGCCUCUGCUCCUUCUUCUGCUUCGUCAUCUUCCCCCCCUGUUCAAGUGGUGCACCUGCCGUGGGUGCCGCAGCUUCACUCUGCGCCACCACCCCAACGGCAGCAACUGCUGCUGCUGGCGUCGGGAGGUGAGUCCAGGCACACGGGCUUGCCAUCUCACACCGUUUCUGCUUCUGAUUCCAUUCCAUCUCAUUCCGUCGCCCUCAAAUCCGUGUACCCGGCACCACCACCAGGGUGUGGCAAGCGUGCUUCUGACUAUGUGUGGACCAGCACUGACUCCACCAUCGUCCACGUGGCGCCCUCUGGUUGGCUGACGGUGGCCGGGCCGGGUGUUACGAUGGUGCGAGUGGCAGCAGCAGUGGACGGCAACAACUUUCACCAGGUGCGCGUGGUGUUCUCUGAGCUCAGAGGGGGAACAGAGGAAAGGGGAAGGGGGAAGGGGGAUGAGAAAGCGGAGUGGAUGAAUGAGGGAGCUCACCCAUCCCCACCCAUGCACGUCCGUACCACUCUUGCCACUGCCGCCAUGGCACGGAAGCAGGUGGAGGUGCGGGUGAGUGAGCCACACACGAUGCAGGCGGUGGGCGAGGAGGAGGGCAGCACCUUGCAGCUGAGCGUGGGUGUGGAGGCGCUUGUGGGCCACUCCCUGCUCCUCGCUGCCCGCCUCCUCUCCUCCUCAGGAGAACCAUACACCAACUGCACCGCUCUGAACCCAUUCGUGCAGUGGCAUCUGCAGGCACUGCUGCCUGCCACCCCUCCGUCUUUCACCCUCACUUCUCCACCCCCAAUCGCCUUCAUGCCACCAUCCGCUCUCUCGCCCAUCUGUGUGUGGACCUCUCUGUCCGCCAUAGCACCUGGUCGCACACAAGCGAUAGCUCUCCUGCCACUGCCGCCACACACAAAACCUGCUGAUGCUGACGCUGGCAGUGUGGAAGAGAGGGCAGGGGGGGGCUCAGAGGGCGCGGGGCAGGGAGUGCAAGGGGAGUGGGCGGUGGCGGGGUAUGAGGCGAUGCAUGUGGUGCAGGCGGGGGACGGGUGGCGCCAGGGCGGCUAUGGGCUACCAUCAGCAGCAUCACCUGCUGUGCCUGGAAGGCAAGGAGACUUGUCUGCAGUAGCAGCAGCAGGUGCGGAGGCCCUAGCAGCAUCAGCGCCAGCCGCAGCAGCAGCGGUGGGCAUUGGAGCAGGGCUGUCAGUGCCGGCUCUCCUGCUGGCGCCAGGGGCGUCCAUGGCCCUCACCCUCUCAGGCGGCCCUGACAGAUCGCCUCCUUCCCAACCACCUGUAAUCUCCUCAAUCGCUCAAUCGCCUGUCCCUCUCCUCCCUUCUCUCUCCCCUUCCCCCACCUUCCCUGCUCCCUCAAACCCACUCCAGCGGGUGACCUUUACAAGAGGCCACCAGCCGUCCUCGCACGCCUCGCCGGCCACCCUCCCCUCGGCGUCCAUGGUGCUGCACUGCGCGCUGCCUGCUGCUGCCGCCAUCCUGCUCGACGACUCCGCUCGACUCCCUGCAGCCAUAGCAGCAUCAGCAGCCUCAUGCCAUCCACCAACGGGAGAAUGCCACGUGGCACCAAUCACCCUUGUGACACAUCAGCACGUGCGGCUGGUUGCUGCAGCCCUUUCCUCGUCCAUUGCACCCUUUGCCAACGCGUCCAGCCAAUGGCUGCACACCACGUGGCAGCUGGAGGGGUGUGAUGACAUGGCAUGGUGGGGUGCAGACGAGCCCGACAGUGGGGGGGGUUCAGGGGAGGAGUGGAGCAAAUGGGUGCACACAGGCGACAAGGGAGGCGAGUGUCGGGUGCAUGUGGAUGUGACGGCACCACACGCCAAGGGGGGCUGGCUGCACAUGAAGCGAGAGGGGCAGGGCGCCCACCGGGACGCCUUCCAUCUGCGCGCCUCUGCCCUCCUGCAGGUGCCCUCCCCUGCCCUCUCUGCUGCUCGCUUCGCAUCUUCUCUCUUCUGCCCGUGCUUUUGUUUUCGCCUAAUUGCUACCGCUGCCUGCUGCUCCCACUCUCGUGGUGUUGGCUCGGUCGCUCAUGCGUGUAGUCUCCGAAUGCUCGCACCGCUGACUCUACCCCUCUCUCAUUCCCCUGCAAUGCCCGUGCGUGUGUGCAUGCAGGUGGUGAAGGCGCUCAGGUUGGAACCGCAGGCCGUGCUGCUCGUCAACCAUCCCCACGCCCAUCAGUGCUGGUUUGCUCGUGCAUGCAUUCCCCCUCACACCUCUCAAAGCAUCGUCUAUUCCAACGCCUAUUCAUGGCAUCCUAUUGCUUCUUCCUCUCACGUCCCCCAGGCGGAUGUGACAGUAACAGGGGGCACCUCCGAGCUCCAGUUUUUCAUCUCUGACCAAUCAGUGGCUGCCAUUCUGCCACGUGGCACUGCAGCAGCAGUCCAGCUGGCAGCGCGUGCACGAGGCGAUGCCACAUUGACAGCAGUGGACGCUGGGCUCUCCCAUCCGCUCUCUGCCAACGCCUCGCCCUGUCUUGCCUCCUACACCUUCUCCCUGCCUGCCCACACCCUCGUAUCUCACCCUCCCUUCCCCUCCUCUCUGCCCCCACAUCACCACCGCAUGCCCCCAUCCGCCAAUCAGGUGUCAGUGGCUGACGUGGCAUGGGUGCGCCUGCACCCCGAGGGCGCACAGCCGUCCACGUCAGCAGUGGCGGGCGAGUGGUGGGUGCAGGUGGGCGCCACGGCGCGCAUCACAGUGACUGUGGGGGACGACCGCGGCCACCUCUUCCCCGCCUCACAGUUCGAGUGGAUGGGUUUGGAGGCGCAUGGCAUGGCAGGUGUGGUCGCUCUGCACUUGCCCUGCUCGCGCUCCUCCUCUGAUGGGGAUGACGUGGCAUGUUCUGACUCGCUGGAGCUCACAGGGACGGCUGUGGGAGUCACCACUGCCUUCCAGGUCCUCGCUUCCCCUGUCCCCUUCUUCAAGCCCUGUUUCCACUCUGCUAUUUCCAUUGUCCCUUCCUCCCCCCCCACCCCCCGCGCUUCUUUUCUGUCCACACACCCCGUGAGUGCGGGCAUCCACCUGUCAACAAGGAGGGUGUUUUCAGACGCCGUGCGCGUCACGGUGUACGCGCCGCUCGCCCUGCACCCGCCCUCGCUCACCCUCGCCCCGGGAGCAUCAUACAUGCUGCAAGCCACAGGAGGUCCCUCCUCCCCAACCACGACCAUCGCAUUCGCCUCCUCCAAUCCUGACGUGGCACACAUCGAUUCGUCGUCCGGCCUCGUCACGUCUCGAGCGCCUGGCACAGUUGUCAUCCGAGCCAUGGCGCUAGGCUCGGCAGGGCAGGUGUUGAGCGUUGCCGAGUCUCGGGUGGAGGUUCGGGUGAUGGAGGUGGUGGGUCUGAGUGUGGGCAACGGGCAGCUGGCAGUGGGGGAGGAGAUGGCUGUGUUCCCCACCGGGGGGCAUCAGCAUCUUUCUCCUCUUCUUUUCCCCCCUCGCUCCCGCCUUUUCUCCCUACAAUCAGGGAGAGGAUCUGCUCUCGUUCGCACGGGUGUGCCACGGCUACCAGUGGAGUGUCAGCCACAACCAGGUAAGCCCACCACGCCAUGUCACGCGGAUCGCCUGUGGGCUGCCAUCCCUUGCGCCCACCUCACCUAUCCCUUGCACCCACAUUGCCUGUGCCUUAUUUCUCAACUGCGCCCACCUCGCCUAUCCCUUGCACCCACAUUGCCUGUGCCUUAUCUCUCAACUGCCACGCUGCUGCAGCUACAAACGGCGCCAUCCCUUGACGCACAGGUGCCUGGCAGCACCUCAGGGGUGGCAAGCAGCAGCAACCGUGGGAGUGACAGUGCCAGCGACAGUGGCAGUGCAGCGGUGGACAUCGGCUUCUCAGCGCGCAUCACUGCCAGGGCGCCCGGCACAGCCACAGUGGCGCUCACCUUCACCUGCUCCUUCCCCACCUCCUCCAAGCCCUCCGCGGCUCCUCUCCGCCGCUCCUACUCCGCUUCUGCCUCCAUCUCCAUCGUCCCCACGCCCCCUCUCGCGCUUGGCAUCCCUGCCACGUGGCUGCUGCCCAUUGGCUACACCUCCUCCCCUCUGCUCCCGCCCUCUCUCGCUUCCACCACCUCGGGAGGUGCGGCGAAUGCUGCAGCUGCACGCUACUCCUACUCCCUGUUACACGACCAGUCACCCCUAGGCAGCGGACAUGUGUCGCUGGCAGAAGGCGGGCGAAUAGCAACGGGCGAGCGGGCAGCGCUGGGGUGCAUUGCAGUGGCCGACUCUGCCAGCGGCCGCCACGACAUCGCUGCCUGUGUGCGCAGCGCCCAGGUGGGGUUUCUGCUGCGCUCAGGUGGAAUGGAGGCCUGGCCUGGCAUUGGUGUCACCAUUCCUGUAGCGCGUGCUCACUGUAUGAAGUUCUCUUCGCAGCUGUGUGUGUCACUCUGCUGUGGGAAAGUGACAGCAGUUGUGAGUCACCAUUACUGCCUCCCUGCUCUCCCUCGCCUUCCACUCACAUUUUCGACUCCCAUCUCCUGCUUCUCCACCCUCUCUUUUUCGUCCCUCCGCACCAUUCACCCCCUACCUCCCCUCCCCCGCGCCACCUCCAACCCCUGUGCCCCAUGGCAGGCAGCGCAGCUGACGGUGGGGGACAACGACUUCCCCUUCCAUGCGGCUGAGCUCUCCGUGCCCGCCCAGCAGCUCUUCUCCGUUCACCUCCGAGACAGCCUCGGAGUGCCCUUCCUGGAAGCUUCUGAUGCGCGGGUGGAGGUGGACGUGGACAGGCCUGACGUGGUGUCAGUGGCGGUGGUGCCCAGCCUACCAGGGCCUGACAUGUGGCAGCCAGCCAACAUGACUGUGGUGGUGAAGGUGUGUGUGCGUGUGCAUUUUGAGGGAGGGGGGGGGGGGGGCACUGAGGGGCAUGGAAGUGGGAAACAAGGCACAGAGGUGCACCCGGCGGUGCAGCAGGGCACAGCAGUGGUGCGCGUGAGGGUGCAGCCAGGGGCAGGGCGAGGGACACGUGGCAACCUGCCAUUGGUGGACUUCAUCACAGUGCAAGUGGGCGCAUACGUGUUCCCUCGGGAUCCCCUUGUCCCUCUGGGUGCCUCUCUCAACUUCUCCCUCUCACACCGCCACCACCAGCAAGCCAUGGGCGGCAGCAGGGGCGGCAGGUGGGAGAGUGGCAACAGCAGUGUGGUGGCGGUGGAUGGCCGCACGGGGGAGGCAAGGGCCGUGGGGGAGGGCACCACUGUCGUGAGCUUCAACGCAUCGCGCCUCACCUCAUACACGAGGGUCACAGUGCUGCCAGUGGCGUCGCUGCUCGUCUCCCUGCCGCCAUCCACGCCUCUCCUCUCCAACGCGCCUCCCCUCUCUGCUGUCGCCCGCCCCUUCCACUUCCCAGUCCAAUUCAGGGACUCCCAAGGCCGGGUCAUGGGGCGACCCGCACAGUCCCCAGACGUGCCCUUCUCAUGCCACGUGGUGCCUAGCAUGCUCGGCACGGCCUUGCCUCGCUUUGACACCGCCUUGAACUCCUACAUCUGCUCCUUCACCCCCGCCUCUCCCGCACGCAUCUUCUCCUCUCUCACUCAAUCCUCCUCCUCGUCAUCGUCAGCACCACCAGCAGCAGGGGGGGCGAAAUUGGGAGGAGUGAACAGAGACGGGGAGGGCAAUGGGGGAGGGGGAGUGGUGGUGGUGGUGGCGGCAGUGGUGGAGGCAGGGGCAGCGCAGGGUGUUCGCCCGGCUGUGAGAGGCCAGGCUGCUGUGCCGUUUGUGGGGGGCUUUGAUGUGCUGGGCGCAGGCGAGAUCUCUCUGUCUCGCGCCGCCAACGCCACCACCAUUCGCCUCGUUGGGAACACAAACCACGCGCGGGCAUCCUUCGAAGAUGACAUCGUUUUCACUCAUCUCGGCACAGGGCAAAGGGAGACGGUGCACGUGACCUUCAAUGCAGCUGCUGCACCGUCCACCCUCGUUCCCCUCAACCUGCUGUGGCUCGCAGCACUCACCGCCCUCGUCGCCUCGGCCAUUCUCCUCCUCCUGCACCUCGUCAGCCCCGCCCAACCCUACAUCCCCCACCCACAGCCCCCUCCCUCGCCUCUCCCCACGCCGUCUCCUCAGCGCCCGGGGUCUGCAUUCCACACACCUGGUUCGAGUGCCUUCUCCCCGGUGUCGCCUUACAGCCAGAUGGGGUCGCCAAGUCCCGAGUAUGUGAGCUAUGCAGACACCUCACGACUCCCCACUGCCAAGCUCGCCGAUUUUGGAUUCGCAGUUCCCAUCCCCCCCGGACAUCGCGCGUGUGGCGUCGCGGGUUCGCCGUUCUACAUGGCGCCAGAAGUACUGACAGGCGAGUACGGGGUGGAGGCGGACGUGUGGUCGAUGGGCGUGGUGCUGUACGUGCUGCUGAGCGGCAGCCUGCCGUUUUGGGGCGCGGACGACAACGGCGUGUUCCGCGCCGUGCUGGAGGCCCCGCUGGACCUGACGAGCGGCGCGUGGGCGGGGGUGUCGGCGGAGGCCAAGGGGCUGCUCCGCUGCAUGCUGCACCGCGACCCGCGCCGACGCCCCUCCGCCGCCAAGCUGCUCUCCCACCCCUGGAUCCUCGUCCACGCCUUCGGCGGCCGCGUCGUGCGCCGCGUCAUCGCCGCACCCGCACUCCAGCAGAUCCGCAUGGGGGGGGGCGCUGCUGCUGUUCCGCUCUCCGCCUAG